UUUUAAUCUUUUUAGCAGAUUUAUUUUACAAAUUUUAAGUUUUUAAUUUUUGUUCCAACAAAUUUAUUCAUAAUUUCAAUUUAAUAUACUUUUUGUUCAAUAUAUCAUUUUAAUGUGUAAAGUAAUUUUGUUUUAAAAUUAUUAUUAAAUAAUAAUAUAGUAAAAAUAUUAUAAAUUAAUGAGAUUUAAUGGAUUAUAAGAAUUCUACCAGUGGAACAUAUUACAGUUUGGAGGUUUUGACUGAGAUAUUCAAGAAUGAGGACGUUUCUUUGACUAUUCAGUCAUACCCGGAAGAAGUUGCAAGACGUGCAGAUGAUGAAAUUCAGAUGUUACUCCAGAACUUUUCUAGAGUGUCAAAGAAGUAUGAGAACACACGUCUGUUUGAUGAACAUAACACACAACUUCUGUUCAAAUAUAAAUUAUUAUCAGAUUAUUACGCAUUAAUGUACAUUUACGCUUCGAAGAAUUUGCAUAGUUACAAGGUAUAUCGCAAGAAUCUGAUUGAUGAAAUCGCAGCAAGUUAUAAUGGGUAUUACGACUUCAUACCCGAAAGUGUUAUUAAUAACCUCUCAGACGUUGAGUUAUCGCAUAUUAGAGAACGCUGCGCUAAGAUUCGAAGCAGUCUUAGAGUAGUUGAUGAUGGGAAGUUCAGUUUAAUUGCAAUCCUAAAGGACAUUGUCUGUGAUGAUCUUUGUGUGCCAAACUCCACAAACCUUAAAUUCUAUCAGAAAAAUACACAAAUGAUUGUUCCAAGUCACAUGAUUGAAAUUCUUAAACCGUGCCAGUGGAUCAAAAUUCUUAAAAUUAAUAUCUAACACAUA